AAAAUUUAAAAACGCCAUCUCAUCUUUCUCCCUCCCCCUUCCUAGCUCCCGUAUAAAAAUUCCCAUGAUCUCUACAAUAUUCUCCUAGAAAUUUUACAAACAUACAUACAUAUACACAAAAAUAUUUUACUCUUUUCUUCUCGGAAUAUAAUAAUCCAAAAGAGAGAUUUCAUGGGUUUGAAAGAUAUUGGAGCGAAACUUCCACCAGGGUUCAGAUUUCAUCCGAGUGAUGAAGAGCUGGUCUGUCAUUAUCUUCGCAACAAAAUUAGGGCCAAAUUCAAUCAUCAUCAUGAUGGUGGUGGUGAUGAUGAUGAUGGUCAUGAGGAUGACGCCGAAGCUAAUAUGAAGAAUAAUGAUCUUGUGGAAAUUGACUUGCAUACAUGCGAGCCAUGGCAGCUUCCAGACGUGGCGAAGCUUAAUGUAAAAGAAUGGUAUUUCUUCAGUUUUCGAGAUAGAAAAUACGCAGUGGGAUAUCGUACAAAUAGAGCCACGGUCUCUGGAUAUUGGAAAGCGACCGGAAAAGAUCGGAUGGUUGUGGAUCCACGGACCAGACAGAUCGUAGGGAUGAGAAAGACUCUCGUUUUCUAUAGGAACAGGGCUCCCAAUGGCAUCAAGACCACUUGGAUCAUGCACGAGUUCCGUCUUGAGUGCCCUAACACUCCCCCUAUGGAAGACUGGGUACUGUGUAGAGUCUUCAACAAGUGCAAAGAAUCUCAAUUACAAGAAGAGGAGUCGAGGUUUGUUAUUAGUGAUAAUAACCUCAAUUAUGCCCCUAAUUACACCCAUUUGCCACGACCAUCCCCUCCAUCCAACGACAUGGACUAUCAUCAUCAUCAUCAAAUCCCAUGUGGAUGGGGGCAGAUGAUGGGGCACCAUCGACCAUCAUCAUCCCCCACUUCGAGCAACAUCCACCAUACUCAUCAUCAUGAUCAAUCGAUGGAAAUCCCAUGUGGUUGGGAUCAGAUGAUGGAGACUUUGUCCUCAUCGUCUGGUCAUUGUCCUCAGGCUCACGAGUCGUUGUUAAACAUGUUUUACCACAGCGGCGUCAUAAAUGUCGCAUCGACAGAGCGUUGCGACAACGAGGAUAACUAUAAAGGCAUGUUCUCGGACAUGGGUUUGGAGAAGGCAUGCAUUGGAUCAUCUUCUUCAGAUAUUCUCCUGGAAAAUGAUGGGUUGGGAUUUGAGAUUGACAACACUACAGCAGAUUUCCAAUGAAACAAAAGCAAAAAGCAAAAAACAAAAAAAAACACAAAAAUACAUAUAUUUAUAUACAUGUAUGUAUACACGCCUAUUGUUUAUUUGUGAUGUAAACAUAUAGAUAUGCAUGUGCAUUUAUUCAUGUAAGUUGUGUCUAGUAUUGGGGUCUAGGUUAUAUAUAGUUCUUGUGCAGUCUAUACAGGGGGGGUGUCGUUUAGUUGGGAGGUUUUUUCAUGUCGAGUGUGUUGAUUGCUUUCAUUUUUUUGUAAAUCUGCCUCCAAGAAUGUUGGAAUUAUUUAUCAUUUGACCGGUGAUAUCGAUUUCGGUGUA